UCUGCCUUCAGUUUCCUCCUACUGAUGGGCUUCACAGUGGGGCACUUGAGGAGAUACCGCCACAAUAAGAAAUGUGAAAACGUGUACAUAACCAGGACGUUCGUUCAUUUUGAUGAGAAGCAGAAGGCAGAAGGAAGUGCUCCCCCUCACAUUGAAGGAGGCCAGACUACAUCACCAUCCCUUCCCCUCGACUCAGUGCCARGGAAGGGAAAGCCAUGCUGUUUCCCAGUGUUCACCUAUUGUCUAGCCUGGGUCUUGUUCAUAGGUGUUGAUGUACUCAUGUUCUGGUUAGUUGAGGUCAUCAGAACGCGACUUCAUGGGCUAGAACCAUUUCAUGAUCCUUUGAUUAUGAACAUAAAUGUAAGUAGCUAUGUUAGUAAAACACACAACAAGAUACAGUCUUAGUCAAUMAUUUAUUGCAUUAAUGAAUUCAAUACAAUCUAGCCACUAGGCUAUAACCCUGUUGCUCUACUGAACCAUUGUUGUUUCAGGAAGACAUGACUGUUAUUGGUGUCCCCAUUUCAGAGGAGAUCAACAGGAGGGAUUUCUCCUACCAGGUGUCCAURUUUGAGAGGAGUUGCCUUCCUAAACACAGACUACUACUCUAUGACUCCAUCCUGCCUCUGGUUGUGUUACUAMCUGCCCUUCUCAGUAUGGCCCUGAUGUCUGCCAAGCUCACACAGAUCAGGCUCAUGGCGUUCGAGCAGUUCUUCUCCACCAAUGCUGAGGACAGGGUGGAGUUUCUGCAUGCUAAGAUCCUGAAGAAGAGAUCAAGAAAGGAAGGGAACAGGAAAGCUAAGGAAAGCAGUCUGAGAUCCCUCAUUCAGAAGCCAGAUUUCUGGUGUCCAAUACUCUACAGACCACAGGAGGACGACCCCAUUCAGUAAGCAAGCUAGACUUUCUGCUGCCACAGGAAGAAGUGAGAGACACCCUUUUUUGUUGAAAUUGUGAAAUGUGAUUUAUGUAACACGUUACAUUAUAUAACAACUCUAAUCUAGACUAAUGACAUGUUGUCAUUGUAAAUACAUACAGUAUUUUGGUUUGUUAAUUCACGUACCUGUAUAAAUAAACAUGUAUUUAUAAUAAUAAAAAUAAAGGUUAAAUUAUGGUUACCAAGGUUUCCAAGCAGCUUUUUGAAGCAAUCUAAUGUGAGAUGUAAAUAGUUCAAACAAUGAAUAAUUGGAACAAAAUUACACUUAAUUMUAAAGAAUAAAAACACCA